GGAGGAGGCAGAGGAGGCAGAGGAGGAGGAGGAGGCAGAGGAGGCGGAGGAGGCAGAGGAGGAGGAGGAAGAAGAAUUGAGUAAGACUCCAGAACCGCACGGCUGUAAACGGCGGCGACACAGCAAGUCGCCCGUCACUGCCAAGCAAGAUGGAGACAAAAAGAAAUGUAAAAAGCCAAGAGCAUCCGAGACAAAUUUAGUAUCGUCACCAGAGUCUGAAAAACAUUCCGUUGGACCAGAGUCGACAACUAGUGGCAGGAAGAGGAAAUCAUCGAUGCCGUCGUCUGCAGAAGAACUCCUGACACCAGAAAAGGGCCAUCGACGGAAAAGAAAAAAAACUAAAUCAAGGAGGUCAUCGGUAAAUGUGGUGGAGCUCGGGGAGGAGGCGAGAUCCUCACCGGGCGAGGAGCCACCGCGCAAGGGCAAGAAACGAUCGGGUUGCAGUGCUUCCCCCGACAAAGUCAUCCUGGCGAAGAAUGUGGUGAAGAAACACGGGGAGGUGGUGCUGCUUUGGACCAGGGACGACGACCGGCUGAUUCUGUCGGAGGUGCAGCGUCACGGGCCCUCUCCGGACAUCUUCUCCUCCGUCGCGGCGUUGCUCGGUGACAAAACUGGGUCUCAGGUGUCCCGCAGGUUCCGGGAGCUGCUGAAGCUUUUCCAGAAGGCGGCUGCAGCGGAAAGACUAACCAACGAGGCCUUCGCCAAGUUGCAGAGCGACAGUGACGCGAUGCAGGAGUCGGACCACGGAUCCUCGCCGCCGCCGCCGGCAGCCCACGCCCCGCGUUGCUGACGGCCGAUGCGGAGGCAGGCCGUCGCUCGUGCAAGCAGAUUUCGUUCAGUAUAAAUAUCGGUACUGAAGCAAUGGAUGCUGCCCAUUGACGGUUGCCAAUGGUUCGGCGCACGCUCUCGAAUUGCAAUCCCCAGGGGUCACCGGUUGCAGUCGUCCUCCGGCAACGGCGGUUGAAAUCCUCGGUGUGUUUCUUAAAUCUCACCGCCUCCGUCCACCCAGCCGUGUAUGAAUGGGUGCGCCACAUUCGACCGGCGGGCCUUGCGCGUGGCUGGGUAAAUUGUGGGUACUUCCGCCUCUUUCUGGCGAGACGUCUGGCCGGCGUGAACAUGAAGGCCAAAAUAAACCUCAGGAGGCAGGCGCUGUUAAGUGGUCACCCUUAGUUGGAGGUGCUUUGGCUACCAGCAGUAGCCGGGCCUGCAUCUUUUACCUUUUUUACAAAGAGCAAUGAUACAAGUUCAUGUUGGUUGACUUUAUUCAGUGUUUGAGGCGUCCAGCCUAUGUUCCCCCCCUCCCCUAUUAAAUAGCAUGACUUGUAUACCUUACGACAGUUUUGUUUUCUCGGUGAAGAGGUGCUGCCCUGGAAACCCAGUUUUCAGUGUAAGUCUCAAUAUUUAAUUGAACUUGUAAGAUAUAUACAGGGUGGCUCAAGAGUCAGGACAUAUGCUUAAUUUAUUUUAACACUGGCAUUAAUACAUUUAAAUUGUUUAUUCUAUAAGUUAAUAUGCUAUAUCUGUUAUCAUAAUUGAUAUCUAAUUUUUCUUCUUCCCGUGGGGUCACCGUCAUUUACAAAACUCGACCAAUAACCCUGAAUAAAUCGAAAUACAAAAUUGUGAAAUGUUCAAAGAGCACACCUGUAAUUAUUUUUUUUAGAAAUAAAGCCCUGAAUUCGUUUCAAAACAUUCACGCAUGCAUUGAUGUCGAUGGAAGUCAGUUUGAACAUAUGUUAAAAUAAAUAAAAUAACAUCAUGUAAUAUAAAAUAAAUAUAUAAUGGUCUGGUGUGCCCUGGCUUUUGGGCCACCCUGUAUACAGUUUAACAUCAGUCACAGUUAUCCCACUUUGAUGGAGGGGUAUCAGAGUCUCUAAUAUCCUGCGAUAUAGCCCACUUGACACCGACACACGAGCUGCUGUAUAGAGUUCACUCUCGAAUGUUCGUAGAUGGAUUGUCUGGGUUAUGGGUUUAACCGGGCUUGCGAAACAAUAUAUUUUUACACACGCACUGUCUGUUAUUAGCUGCUCCUCAUUGAGUGUCAGUGCCUACGUGAGCGCAGGCAUGUCAGUGAGAGAACCAUUUACUUAAAGAAGGAAUACAUCUAUAUAAGGUAAGAAUAAAAACAGACGAGGCAUUUUACGUCUUCGCCCAUAUUCUCCACGAGUGUUCUGGUUGGCCGUCAAGGUCAUAGGAAUUGUGACAUCAACGGUGCCAAACAGGCCUUCGAAAAGGUUACGAAUUGCGGCCUGUAUAGAGUUACUGAACUGUAAUUAAGAUAGGUUAUGAAUUGUGGCCUGUAGAGUUACUGAAGACAUUCGGCAAGACGUCGAGUGAACAGUUUUCUUGACACUGCUGAAAAGCAAUGCUCUGGACAUUUGAACCUUAUGGCGGUACCCCGAGGUACCAUAGUACCCCUGCUCUCGCAUAAUGUCCGUGAUGCAGUCACUGUUAUUCUCUGUUGAUGGUCGGCGAUGCGGCAAUCGACUCAUCUCGACGAGCUGUGCACGAUGCACCGUGGUACCGCGAGCGUUCAACGUUUCGGCGCAAUCGUCCUCGAUGCGUUUCGACAUCGCGGAGUGGCGCUGAUUUCGGAUUGAUUGGUACCCCAGUCGUGGAGUGAAGUACACCCCUGGGAAAAAAAAAAAUGACCCAGAAAUAAAAUAUUAAAUUGCCUCGGCCAUUUUGUAUUAUUUGGUACCCCGGGGUAGCGCCGUAAGGAUCAUUUGCCCCGUGGGUUCUGCACCUUUGGCGUUUGAUUUAUCAGGGCCACUAUGCCCACACCCCCCCUCCUCCCUAUUACCCUGGAUAAUUGAGAAUUUACUGCAUACAUGUGGUUCAACUUGCGGUGGUUGUGAGUUUGAUCUAGAAUGGGUUUGGGAUUUUCACAUUUAAUGACAAUUAAAAUGUCCAAUAUUAUAAUUUACGUAUUUGAUUGCAUAGUCACAAUUGUUAGUUAUCCAUUGAUUGCAGUUCCUUAAAGUUAAAAUAAUCUUGAUUUGAAGCUUUCGUGACUGUAGCAAAAUUUUUAUAAAUCACGACGUUUCGGGCGCAACACCAGCGUCCGUCAUCAGGUGGGAAAGCUUUAAAUAAUAAAACAAGUUUAUUUUUCUGUAGCGUAGAGAAAAGUCACGUGCUUUGGCAUUUCAUUGUUGGGUGUACAUUCAGGAUGAUCGGAAAGUCCCUUAAUAAGUUUGAUGUCAUUUUGUUAAAAAAAUUGUAUAUUUGUUUACCCUGUCAGUUUAAUGUCGAAUGGAUUAUACAAUUCGUUUUCUUUGCUGGGAGGUGAGACCUCUGAGAAUACGCAAGUGAUUUGAAACAUUUUAAUGCACCGGUGGUGUUUGUUAUUCUUAAGCAUUCUGCUUGACAUUCAGGAUCACAAAAUGUAUGGAUUUCACAUUCCCGGGUCACUUAGUUACACAGCUAAAGAGAGAAACGCGGAACUCGGAUAUUAACAAUUGUGGCCUGUAGAGUUACUGAACAAAUUGUUGCUGGACGUUGAGCGCAACUUUUUUGAGAUACGAAAGUGAACAACAAAAAGAACAUCUGGUCGUGAGUGCAGAAUAGGACUUGGAGGUGGGAGGGGGGGGGGGACCCUUCCCAUUACAUUUGUCGAGCCGCCACCACACACGUACAUGUACAUACAUAGAAACACGUUUUUUCCCGUGUCGAAAAUAUUCCCAUCCCCUCCCCAAUGAGUGCGGAUACAAAUGCAGUGAUGGAUACAUACAACCUGCGGGCCAUUUCAAAGUGGUAGGCCUCACGGUUGCCACUGGCCGUUUGACGUGAACCUGCUGAUCUUAUUUGACUCAUUGGUUCUCCGCGUACGGUGUAGACGUAUGCAGACACGAGUGCAUAAUCAUUUUACCCCAUUUUUUGUCAGCUUCAUUUUAAUUUUUUUCCUCAAAAUUACGUUCAUUUCAAGCGAUGUAGGGACUUUACUAGAGGCGUGUGUACACAGAAACCAUAUUCUUGAGAUGGUAGAGAAGUAAUGCUUUGGAUAUUUGCCCCAGUUUUGGCUAGCGGCGGGGGGUGGGGGACCGAAGUUGGCUUGCAUGGUGUUUUCAUGUGUGCGAAUACGGUGUUCUUUGUGUUGUCGAGCCUUCCUUAAUAGUCGAUUUUUAGAAACAUGGAGUGUGCUCCGAGGCCAAAACCAUCACUUUACUGGUGGCACAUCCCUCCCUGCUGGUGCUUUUCUGAUUGUGGUGGUAAGCGAUAAUUGAGUCGUGGUUUUAUGUUGGUUGUUGCAUGCUGGUUUUAUGUUGGUUUGCACGAUGAUUGCUGUGUGGUGUGAAAUGUGUUUUUUUUUUUUGGCCAGGUAAAGGCCACUGAGAUAUUCGCUAUUUUUCAGAGGGCGACCUGGCUACACAUGAGAUUUCUCAUCGACAUUGCUUACAUCAUCAUCAUUGCACGUGGGUACUUGUAGUCGCAGCCAAAUAGCCACCGUCAGGAUCCAGGAGAGAACCCGUGACCUCUUGCGUACAGAGCAUUGGAGAUAGCAUCUCGUCACCACGACGCAUGGUAGUUGUCUGGUGAUUGUUGCGGGAUGGUGGUAUGGUGUUGCCUGUGGAAUGCUAUUAUGUAUGCAUGUAUGGAGAACAUUCGAACCGUUUGUAACCAACCAUGCUAAUCGGAGGUGCGGGGGAAGGACAAACUUCACAAUCUAGAUGUAUUAUUGUAUGGUGAUGCGUGGUGGUUGGUGAUUGUUGCUUGAUGUUCGAGUGAUAGUGCAUGGUGGUACAUGGUUGUUGGCGUGAUGCAUGGUAUAUUUGGAGUGAUUGUGUGCUUAUUGCAUGGUGGUAUGCGGUGGUUGGGUGCUGUGGUAGUACUGUGAUGGUUGUAAUGUUUGUCACUUUCUCACAAUUGUCAUUCGCCGCGAAGUGUGUGUACAAAAGCACCAUUGUGUGCACUGGUUAGUGGCCAUAUUACCAAGAUACCUAAUGCCUGAUAGGAUUUAUCAAUAAUUUAUUUUAUACAGCAGUUGUACAGGUCAUAUUUUUUGUGUAUACUGUAUAUAUGUAACUUCAGUACCCUUUCAGUUGUGAAUACAGGGCAAUUGUAAAGUCAU